AUGGGGUUCGCAGGCCUUUUUGACGGCUCCAAGAGCACGGCCCACGUUUCAACCGACCCCGAAGCCAGCGACUCUGAGCCCUCUGUCAUUCACGAUGGUGGUCUCGCAUACACGCGUGUCAAGGGAGGUAACGGCUCCAAGCCGUCCUAUCAGGAGGCUGUUGGUGCUCCGGUCGAGUCCAAGUCUCCUCUUGGGUAUCAUGUGGGAUGGCUGACUGUCAUCUUUCUCAACGUCAACAUGAUGAUCGGAACCGGUAUCUUCUCUACACCUGCGAGUAUCCUGAACCGAUCUGGUUCCGUCGGCUUGGCCCUCAUCAUCUGGGUCAUCGGUUUCCUCAUGGCUGCUGCUGGUUUUGCCGUCUACCUGGAGCUGGCAAGCUAUUUCCCCAACCGAAGUGGUUCCGAGGUGGUGUACCUCGAGCAGGCCUAUCCCAGGCCCAAGCACUUCUUCCCCGUCACCUUUGCUGUCCAGUCGGUCAUCCUCUCUUUCAGCAGCAGCAAUGCAGUCGUUCUCUCCAGGUAUCUUUGGAGAAUGACCGGCGAUACGCCUAGCGAGUGGCAGAUGCGAGGCGUGGCAAUUGCUGCUUACACCCUCGCCGUCAUCUUUGUGGUUGCUAGCAACAAGUAUUCAUUGUGGCUUGUCAACUUUAUCGGCACACUGAAGCUCCUCACUCUGGUCUUCAUCAGUAUCGCUGGCCUUGUCGUCCUUGGUGGAAACGUCGACCGAAUUCCCGAUCCCAAGGCCAACUUCCGCAAUGCUUUCGAUGGUGAAACACCCAAUGGUAAUGAUCUGGCUAGUGCAUUCGUCAGCAUUGUCUUUUCCUACGCCGGAUACUGGAAUGCCUUCAACGUCGUCAACGAGAUCCAGAACCCCAUCCCCACUCUCAAGCGAAACGGCACUGUUUCUCUGCUCACUGUGGCUAUCCUUUACAUGCUUUGCAACAUUGCUUACUUCGCCGUUGUGCCCAAGGAGGAGUUUGCUGAGGCCAGCGAGAUCGCCGCCUCCGUUUUCUUCACCAAGCUGUUCGGAGGAAGCAAGGCUGCUGCCAACGUACUCAACUUCCUCGUUCUUCUGAGUGCCUUUGGUAACCUUUUGGCCGUUUUGAUUGGCUCUGGACGCAUGAUCCGUGAGAUUGGAAGGCAAGGCGUGUUGCCUUUUACCAACUUCUGGGUCUCUACGAAGCCUUUUGGAACACCUUUGGGCCCAUACUUUGUGAAAUGGGUGCUUACAUUCAUUAUGAUUGUUGCUCCUUCAGCCGGUGAUGCAUUCACCUUUGUUGUGAGCUUGGGCACUUACCCGGAUGCUAUGUUCAAGUUUGCUAUGGCUGCUGGAGUCUAUGUCCUUCGACGAAGACGCAAGCAGGCCGGCAUCAACACCAAUGACUUCCAGGCUUGGCAUGUGGCUGUCAUUUUCUACAUCCUCAUCCAGGUCUUCAUUCUUGUCAUGCCCUGGUGGCCUCCCAAGGGCGGCCCCUAUGCUGGAGACGUCAGCUUCUGGUAUGCUACUUACUGUGUCGUCGGUAUUGCCAUUGUCAUCAUCUGCGGCCUCUACUACGUCUUCUGGAUGCACCUCCUGCCAAAGUGGAAGGGCUACCAGAUCCGCACUGAAAUCACCAACGUUGACGAUAACGGAGCCAAUACGCAUCGCCUGGUUAGAAUCCCCAACGCCGAAGUCGCCAAGUGGGAUGAAGAGCACGAUGAGGCUGGUAACUUGCGCCAGAGGCGUGUGCCAAGCUCGGGAGACUCGGGCAAGGAGUAA